AUGGGUUUAUCCUGCGGCAAAACCAUUCACCGGCACCAACAGCAUCUAAAGUGGUCAAAGCACAUCCCCCCCGUUACCACAGUCAAUUCCGGCGAGACGCUCACCUUCGAUGUGCUUGACGGGAGCAACGGCCAGAUCACUAAGUCGUCGACGGUGGAUGUGCUUGAUGGCUUUGAUGUCAACCUAGCCGACCCUGCCUUUGGUCCCAUAUAUAUCAACGAUGCCAACCCUGGAGACGUCCUGAAAGUGGAAGUUCUGGAGCUAGAGCUAGCUGACUGGGGGUGGACCGCAAUCAUGCCUGACUUUGGUCUUCUACAAGACGAAUAUAAGAGCCCAGUCCUCAAGCUCUGGAGUAUUGAUUCCAGUUUACCCUAUGUGAAGUUUAAAGACGGAAUACAUAUCCGAAAAAGACCGUUCUUAGGAGUGAUGGGCGUAGCACCCGGAGAAGAGGGGGAGUUUCCUAUGAUCCCUCCCUUGGAAACAGGUGGCAAUAUGGAUUGCCGCUACUUGACUAUGGGGUCAACCCUAUACCUCCCCAUCCGAACUCCAGGGGCCUUAUUCAGCUGUGGUGACGGGCACACGACGCAAGGCGAUGGGGAAGUUUGCGGCACCGCUAUUGAGACACCCCUGACUGCUACCCUUAGGCUUACUGUCUGCAAGAACCAGCCGUGGGUGACCGCACCACAGUUCCAGACAGCGCCGCUCAACGUCCUUGUGAGUCAACAGGAGAUUGACGAAGACAAAGGUGAAUACGCCGCGAUGGGCAUCGAUUCGGAUCUGCACGAAGCAACAAAAAAGGCUACACGUAACCUGGUUGCGUGGCUAGUCUCAACAAAGGGCCUUACACGUGAAGAAGCGUACAUGCUGGCUAGUGUGGCCGGGAGUUUGAAGAUGCUUGAGGUGGUGGAUAUGCCGAAUUAUGCAGUGGCUAUGAGCAUAUCUCUGAAUAUCUUUGUCUGA